UGGUAGUGUUGGUACGCUGGUCGCUGACAAAAACAAAUUUGAUUAUUAAUUAUUAACCUUAAAAUAUAUUUUAGAGGAACUAAAGAAAGGCAUUGAUUUUAUUGCAUGAAGAUUAUAUAGUUUUGGAAGUAAUCUGUGUAAAUAUGGCCACAGAGGUUUUAAGAAAAUCACCCCAAAAAUCCAAGGAGCCGGAAAAUGGAGCCGAACCUUUUGCUCCUAUUACGAAAAAGGGCAUUCUUACCUCGUUUCUGACUGGCAAACAAAUGAAUAUUCCAGAAGCCGACUUGUUGGGGCGUUGCAGGUUCGUUUCAGAAUUUGAUAAAUUAAAUAGAAUCGGGGAAGGAACUUACGGAAUCGUUUAUAGAGCCAAGGAUCAAACCUCUGAUAAAAUUGUUGCUCUUAAGAAGGUGAGAAUGGAUCUAGAAAGAGAUGGUAUUCCAAUAAGUAGUUUAAGAGAAAUACAGGUCUUGUUGAACUGCCAGCAUGAAAAUAUUGUUCAUCUUAAGGAAGUAGUUGUUGGACGCAGUUUAGAAAGCAUUUUUUUGGUUAUGGAAUACUGUGAGCAAGAUUUGGCUUCCUUAUUAGACAAUAUGCAGACUCCAUUUACUGAAUCUCAAGUAAAAUGUAUUAUGCUGCAAGUAUUGCGAGGAUUAAAGUAUUUACACCAUAAUUUUGUGGUCCAUAGAGAUUUAAAGGUUUCCAAUUUGCUUAUGACAGACAAGGGCUGUGUUAAAAUAGCGGAUUUUGGUCUUGCAAGAUGGUUUGGAGUGCCUUUAAAGCCAAUGACUCCACAUGUUGUUACUCUGUGGUACAGAGCACCAGAACUAUUGCUUCAGGCUCCAACACAAACUACCAGUGUGGAUAUGUGGGCAGCUGGUUGUAUAUUGGGGGAGUUGUUAGGGCAUAAACCUCUAUUGCCUGGACGAUCAGAGAUUCAGCAGUUGGAGCUCAUUGUAGAUUUGCUAGGUACUCCAUCUGAUGCAAUUUGGCCAGGAUUUAGUCAACUGCCAGCUCUUCAAAACUACACCUUAAAGCAACAACCAUACAAUAAUUUGAAGCAAAGAUUUCCUUGGUUAUCAGCAGCUGGUCUUCGUUUGCUUAAUUUCUUGUUCAUGUAUGAUCCAAAGAAGAGAGCCACAGCAGAAGAAUGUCUGCAAAGUAGUUAUUUCAAAGAGCCACCACAACCUUGUGAUCCAAAACUUAUGCCGAGCUUCCCACAACACAGAAAUAUUAAGGGAACCAAACCAGCAGCACCAGAAGCUACCAAUACAGGAGCUGGUGAUCAAACUAAUAAUUUACCAGCUAUAUCAGAUUUGUUGGGUUCAAUCGUCAAGAAGCGAAGGAUUGAGUAAUGAAUCAAAAUGUCUCAAUAUAGGUCAUCACACUGGGACAUAAGUAUCAGUUUCUUAAAUUUAUGACAGAUUUUUAAAUGGUAUUAAAUGAAAACUGUUUGAAAACAAACUUCUUUUAGCAUAAAAUACCAAAAAUUCUUUUCUAAAGUUUGAAGUAAGUGCAUAAAAAACCAAAUCAUGUUUUAUAUUCAAAUGUGUGCUGACUGCUUAGAUUUAAGUUUGUGAUCUUACAAAAUUAUGUUUUUUGUAAAAUAUUUGGAUUAAAGUUUUUAUUCUAC